AUGGUUACGCGCAUCACACCGGUGUUUGUCUCUGACGGGACUGGAAGGGACACAUACAUCCUGCUCGACCAGGACUUCAAGAAGGGCUUCCGCGAGCCCCCGGCGGAGUUCAUGUUCGACUUGCGCUCGGCAGGGCCCAGGGGCUCCCAUGCCAAAGGCUACCAGCGCUGGUUCAACCCAUCAAAGAGGAGUACAGCCUUUGC